AUGCUCCCAAAAGACAGAGCAAUACUCGACCUCAAACUCCAGCGGGAUAAGUUGAAACAAUACCAGAAGAAGAUACAAUUAGUCCUAGACAAAGAAGUCGAAGUAGCAAAACACCAUCUCCGCGCCGGCGACCAAGGCCGGGCCCUCCUAGCCCUCAAAAAGAAAAAAUACCAAGAACGGCUCCUAAAACAGACCGACGACCAGCUCUUCACUCUCGAGCAACUCACGGGCCAAAUCGAAUAUUCAUUGGUGGAACAGGAUGUCAUGAAGGGUUUGCAGCAAGGGAAUGAGAUAUUGACGAUGAUUCAUAAGGAGAUGUCGUUGGAUGCGGUGCAGAGGUUGAUGGAUGAUACGGCGGAUGGGAUUGCUUAUCAGGCUGAGAUCAAUGAUCUGAUAAGCGGGUCGAUAUCGGCGGAGGAUGAGGACGAGAUUAUGGCGCAGUUGGAUCUGUUGGAGGCGGAGGAGGUGCGUUUGGUGUGCUACGCAUACAUCAUUCCUUUUCCCGGAGUGAGACAGGUUAAACCCCGUUGGAUGGCAUUUACAGACGGUGGCCAAAUUCCCCGCCAUCCCAGAAAACACCGUACCCACACCCGCAAUCGACACCGACGCCUUGCCAGACGUGCCGGACACCCUGGCGGAUGA